UGAACCACGCGACUAACUUGUGUGUUUAAUUCAUCAAUGAGAUAACAGAACCGCGAUUCAGACGAAAUAUUAUUGAACGAGGUUAUUUUAGGCUUUGUGGCUUGUCAAACCCAUUACUCACUCUAAAAAAACCUCUGUGGCAACGAAAACUCUUCCUCUGUCAUGUAUCGAGUGUUCCUUUUGCUAUCGAUACCGGAAAAGGCGACCUGAAUCUUCCGGCCAACUCUUUGAAUAAUUAAGCGCCUACAACAACGUCAAUUUGCCAACCGAACGUAAACAGUGAGCCGGGGGCGUAUGAAAACCGUCUACCUUGCCGUGUGUGUACUUUGCAUUUAAUUGUCAAAAAGAAAAGCCGUCUUGUGAUCAAUCGGCGUUUCUUUGACCUUGCACUAUGAAUUGGAAAACAACGCUGAACGCUUGAAAUCUGCGUGUGAAAAACGUGUGGAAUCCGCUCUGUCUUAGCGCGAGUUGUGCGACAACUAUCCCUGCCGCGCGCGAGAAAUUGAUGUGGUUGUUAAGAUCAGUUUUGAUAAUCGAUUGGAGUCGUGAAGUGGGGCAAGUGCACAGUCAGUUCAUGCUGAUUUCUGUAAUGAUAAGUCGUGUCUCAAAGCACUGUUGAGGUCAUCUCAAUUGAUCAAUUGAGUUGUAAUUAGCUAGCUUUUCCCCGCCCACCCUCUGCGAUCAACAAACAAUGAUUGUCAAGCGAUAAAGACUUUAAACGGAAAUUUAGCUAUUAGAGGUAUUAACCCGGUUACAUUUUCAGCCAGAAUGCCUCCCCGUUGAUGUGCGUCAAGUGUUUCUCGGGACACGGCUGGGCGAAAAAAUGCCGGGAAUUUUUGAAAGGCAAACUGUGUCGAUAAAUUGUUUCCAUUUGUACGAUGGAGGGCUAGUCAACAAUCCAUGCCCUUCCACUUUCCCAUACGUCACCCAAUUAACCGAUUGAUGUCAUUUGCACCAACCAAUCAGGAUUGGAGUUUUUCAUUAGCGUUGACAGGUGAAAUGCCUUGGCUAGCCGUGAAGUACAAUAAUAUAAAGCAAAGGGCCAACCGACCUCGAACUCUAUCACGUGUGAGCUUGUUACUACGUUUUCAGCAGUUUCUUCCGAAGUGAGGACUGCACGAGAGGAACUUGUGAAACUAUGGCGAAGAAGAAAUGCUUGGUUUUAUAUGCGUUGUUGUUGGGUGUGUUUCAAGACAGGACUACUGCCAGUUGGAUGUGGAUGGGGAUUUCGGCGCUCGGCACCCGAAGCGAUGGCAAUCUGACGACUUGUUACGGAGUUCCUGGCUUGUCCUCGCAGCAAAUGAGCGUGUGCCAAUCUAAGCCGGAUCUCAUCCCGACUCUCAGGCGCGGUGCAAACCUGGGAAUCACCGAGUGUCAGAAACAGUUUGAAAAAGAACGUUGGAACUGUUCCACCACAAAUUCAUCGUCAGUCUUCGGUGAAAUUAUUGACAUAGGAAGUCCCGAGGCUGCCUUCGUUUACGCGAUAACUUCAGCUGGGGUAGUGCACGCGGCUAGCAGGUCAUGCAGUCUUGGCAACCUUAGUGAUUGUGCCUGUGAAGCUCGCAGAAAGAGAAAGCAGCCAUCAAGAGGUUGGGAAUGGGGAGGCUGCAACGACGAUGUGAAAUUUGGCGUUUGGUUGUCGAAAACCUUUGUCGAUGCACCUGAACGAAACGAGCGCAGCGGCACAAUCGCCGAUAGAAAGAUGCGUGUACGGAAGAAGGGAAGAUACCUUAUGAACCUCCAUAAUAACGAAGUUGGCAGACUGGUUGUUCAGAGUCUUGUGAGUAAUCAAUGCCGUUGUCAUGGAGUUUCUGGCUCCUGCACCAUCAAGACCUGCUGGAAAACCGUGCCAAACUUCGCCAAAAUUGGAGAUCACUUGAAAGUUAAGUACAAAAAGGCCGUGCAGGUGGUGUACAACAGAAAAAAGCGACGAAUACGACGCAAGGAGCAAAAACGCGUCAAGAUAACAAAAGACACACUGGUGUUUAUCGACCGACCACCAAACUACUGCAAUCGGAAUCCGGCGCUGGGAAUUUUAGGCACGUCUGGAAGAGUGUGCAACAAGACCUCCCCUGGAAGUGACCGGUGCGAUCUGUUGUGCUGCGGGGCUGGAUACAAUACUCAGGUGGUGCGAGAGGUGAAAAGGUGCCAGUGCAAGUUUGUAUGGUGCUGUUACGUGACUUGUAAAGAGUGUCCACGAAUUUAUGACCGACACACGUGCAAGUGAUGGCCUGUUUUCUCUUAUCUGGUGGCCAUUUUCUCAAUAGUGGGACGAUUUUAUUGCGGCACAAGUUAUUUAUUGAAGAGAAAGGAACAUAAAAUGAUAUGAAGUGACAGUGGGGCCGAGAGUCAAUUUGUUUAAGCCAGUCUUGGACCUUGCUUAGUUUUGGAGAAAAACAAAUUGAAGCGCGUUUUGGAUGUGAAUCGACUUCAGCAAAGUAGUGAUUGCUGCCAAAGAAGAGCUCUGAAUUGAAAUACUUUGACAAUAGCAAGUUAAAACUAUCAAGAGAACGAGAUAAAUUAUAAUUUAGACUUUGUAGAACUUUUUAGUCAACAUGGCAAGUAGAGAUGUAAUGGAUGGAUAUAUACUGAGCAAACUUUUACCCAACCCGUAAAAUACUGUUGUUUUUUUUGAAGCUCGGUGUCGGUAUUUCCAUUAAAAGAGACAAAAAAAAAAAAAAA